CAAACUGAUUGUCUUUUUUGGUGUCUCCGGUGUCGUCAGUAUCGGUCGUCGAUAAAAUCUAAAAUCAUUUCUUCGAAAGAAAUUAACGCGUAAAGAGCUCGAGUAUCAAGUUCAGUUGUGAUUUAUCACACUUUUCAGUGUUUAAUUACUUUCGUAUCUUUCUAAUAAGUACUCAAAAUGCCGGCUAAAGCAGUGUGUGUUCUCAAGGGCGACGUGACUGGAACCGUUUACUUCGCUCAGAAGGAUGAAAACUCAGCAGUUGUGCUGACUGGUGAAGUUCACGGUCUUAAACAGGGCAAGCAUGGAUUCCAUGUUCACGAGUUUGGAGACAACACAAAUGGCUGCACAUCUGCAGGCGCUCACUUCAACCCCUUGAAGUUGGAACAUGGAGCCCCUGACAGCGCUGUCCGCCAUGUUGGAGACCUUGGCAACAUUGAGGCCUCUGGAACUGGUGCCACUCAGGUGAACAUCCAAGACAAACUGAUUUCUUUGUCCGGCCCCCACAGCAUCAUUGGCCGCACCCUGGUUGUGCACGCUGACCCUGAUGACCUUGGAGCCGGUGGCCACGAACUGAGCAAGACCACUGGCAAUGCUGGAGCCCGUAUUGCCUGCGGUGUUAUCGGACUUGCCCAGGUCUAGAUUGUCCUAUACUCCAGUCCCUCUAUAAUGCUACUGUAGUAUUAGUGAUGCUUGGUGGAGAUUUUUCUGUUUAGGGUUUAUGGCUGGUUCUGAUACUCCUACUUUUUCACCAUCAGAUAGUUGUCAUAUCAAAAGGAUAUUUAAGAAUCAGACUGUUACCUAAACUCAUGUAUGUGCCUCUGUAAGUGUAUUUAAUGUCUUCUGUGUAUCGGGAUUGUAAGUCCAAAAACAGGAUAACAUUGCUGUAUAGGUUCCCCAUAACCUAUUAGUUAGAAUGUAAGAUUAUUAGAUGUUGUAAUUUAUUUAAUAGCAUUCCUGGCAUAUCUCAGUGAACAAAUUGGAAUCUUUUGAUUUUUAUUUUUUAUUUUACUAUUGGUGCAGGGCACAUGAUAUGUAAAUGUCAUAUGUACUGGUUUGUUUCAAUAAAGUUGUAUCUAAAUUGA